AUUGCCUGUGACAACGUUGCCAUGGAAGCUAGUCAGAAUCUACAUCCUCGUUCUCGCUCUAAAUUCGCCUCGCUUUCGACCUGAAGGGCACUUUGCAUUCACUUUCUCCUAAUAGCUUCGUCUAUAUUUUAUUUAAAACUGGUCGUUGUCGUUUAACAAGUGCUUACCAUUUGUGAUAUAACGUCGCAACUACUAGCUAGCUAGCCCACGUUAGAAUGUCGAGCUAAUCUUCUUGAGUGGCUAAUCCCUCUAUCUGUUAUCUCCUCUGUUUUCUUCCAAUGAAAAACAUCAGAUGUCAUUCGUUACUUGUAACUGACAAAUGGACCGACUGCUUCGCCCUUUUGUAACCGGAUAAACAUCACAUUAGGCGGUUUGUGUCUUUCAAUUCCUCCGGAGUCAGGACUCGCCCCGAAUACAGAUGGAGAUUAAUCUCAACCGAGUUGAUUAUGUCCAGGUUGGGGUAACGUCCCAAAAAACAAUGAGGCUACUACCAGCACUUGGAAAAAAGGCCACCCAGAAGGUGGCUAUUGCCGACGAAGAUGGUAUCUUGACGUGUUUUGGGAUGAAGAAAGGCGAAGCAGUACCUGUCUUCAAAACACUCCCAGGGGAGAAAAUAUCCAGAAUGGACCUGGGUGGAGCGGCGGGAACACCGCAAGAGAAGAUCUUUGUCUGCUCUGGAUCUCAAGUGCGAGGAUUCACCAAGAAAGGCAAACAGUUCCUUACCUUUGACGCCAACCUGACAGAGAGCAUCAACGCAAUGUAUGUUUCUGGUGCCGACCUCUUUGUGUGUGCCAGCUACAUCUACAACCACUACUGUGACUGCAAGGACCAGGACUACUACUUGUCUGGGGAUAAGAUCAACGACAUUGUCUCUUUGUCCUCUGAGAACCUUGCUCGCUCCGUCCCGGUGCUGGCAUGUCAAGAUCGCGUUCUCAGGGUGCUGCAGGGAUCUGAGUUGGCCUAUGAGGUGGAGGUGCCCGGGCAGCCAUCUGUGUUAGAAUGUUAUAACAAAGAUGGAGGCGAUGACGUCCUGUACGGGACAACGGAUGGUAAAAUCGGCCUGAUUCAGAUCGGCGAGAGUGAGGCGUCUACCAAAUGGGAAAUUGACAACGACAAAAAGAAAGGAGGUAUUCUCUGCCUAGACACAUACGAUAUAACUGGCGAUGGGGUGAACGAUAUCCUGGUGGGCCGCGACGAUGGGACGGUGACCAUUUAUGGAUUUGACAGCAGCACCAAUGAGCCCACGCUACGGUUUGAGCACGCCUUGUCAGAAAGCGUGACCUCUAUCCAGGGAGGCUGCGUGGGAAAGGAGUCCUAUGAUGAAGUCUUGACCGCCACCUAUACAGGUUGGGUGACAGGGUUAACCACAGAGCCCCAAAAGGCCGAAGUGGGUGCCGGAGACGAGGUCAGGAUGAGUAAAGAAAUCCAGUCCAAAGUGGAAGCCCUCAGAGGGGAACUGGAGCAGCUCCAGGUGAAAGUCCAGUUGGGUCGCGAGCAGUACCAGCAGACGUCGCAAUCCAAGACUGCCGUCUCCGUGGUGCCCGCCUUCAGCAUCAAUGACAAAUUCACACUGUGUCAAGACGAUGCCAGCUACAGCCUCACCUUGGAGGUGCAGACUGCUAUAGACAACCUUCUGCUCCAGAGCGACGUCCCCAUUGACCUGCUGAAUGUAGACAACAACUCUGCUGUGGUCAGCUUCAGCGAAUGCGACUCUGAGCAACCUAAUGGCAACUUUCUACUGGCAACUUACAGGUGUCAAGCCAACACCACCCGACUGGAGCUCAAGGUGAGAUCCAUCGAAGGGCAGUACGGCACCUUACAGGCUUACGUCACCCACAGACUGCAGCCUAAGACAUGUCAGGUUCGCCAGUAUCACAUCAAACCACUGUCUCUUCACCAGCGUGCUCACAGCAUCGACCAGGACAGGCCAAUGAACAGGCUGAGUCUGGUGGGACAGUUCAGUUUCGCAGAGAUCCACUCCUGGGUGGUCUUCUGUCUGCCAGAGGUGCCGGAAAAGACGCCGGCGGGAGACAGCGUCACCUUCUAUUUCCUCAACACCUUCCUUGGCACUCAGCUGCAGACCACCUACAGCAAAGGGGAGGCUCACUUCAAGUCAGACAACAUUUCCACCAUCUCCAUCCUGAGCGACGUCCUCUCUAAAGAGGCCACCAAACGCAAAAUCAACCUGAACGUUUCAUACGAUAUCAAUGAUGACUCUGUAAACCACACCCUCAAAAUGAUUCACCCUAAACUCGAAUACCAGCUCGUGCUGGCGAGAAAAGUUCAGCUCAUUGACGCACUAAAAGAGCUCCAGCUACACGAGGGAAACACCGACUUCCUCAUCUCGGAGUAUCGCAGCAUCCUGGAGGAGUCGGACAGUCUGCUGGAGGAGUACAAGAGGCAGCCAGCACAUCUGGAAAGGCUUUAUGGCAUGAUCACUGACCUGUACAUUGAUAAGUUCAAGUUCAAAGGACAGAACGUGAAAGCCAAAGUGUCGUCGCUAUUGGAGAUCCUAGAUAGUUACGAUUUGAAUUCCUUGUUAGACUUUUUCAGUGAGGCGUGAUCAUGUCGUCCAUCUGAGAUAUUUUUGUAUUUUGUGUGUAUAUUUAAACAAUUUUGAUUUGUGUUCUCUUUGUAGAUGUCUACUGAUUUCACAGUAGAUCCUGUAAAGCCCCAGUGAGGUGUGAUAUAUUAUUUUCGUACUAGUGUGGUGAUGAAUAAACCACUAUAUUGAUGAUUGCAUUUAAAUGAGUUUUUCCAC